AUGCAGUGUAUUAAAAAUAAAAUUGAGGAGCUUAAAGUAUGUUUGCUGGAGGAAAAUAUUGACAUCUUAUGUUUCAUAGAUGUUGAAGGAAAAACAUACUCUGUAACCCCAGUUAAUUCUCUAACACCUGCAGACGAAGAUCUGCAUGAAGUAGAAGAUUUUGUAUGUGGCAACACCAAUGCUGAGACUGGCGCCGUCAGUAUUAUCUCAAGCUCUCAAAAUGAGCUUUCAUUUAACUUAAGCUUUCCAACUGAAGCCCGACCAAGCACUUCAAGCUCAAGCAAAAGAGAAGCUUCUCCAUCGCCAACUAUCAGCUCCUUUUCGUGUGGAGGAAAGAAGAGAAAAAUAUUCUCCCCUGGAGACUUCAAUUUGAGAGAAUUGCUGAAGAAGACAUUGAUAGGAAAAGCAAUAAUUAAUUUGUACAAGGAACAGGAUUAUUUGGAUUCCCGUUGCCAAAGUUAUCUUGUGGAGAUUAUUACAUCACAUUUUUUUAAUGAGGAAUACGAGAAAGUAGGUACAAUAUUUUUUUUAUAA